AUGCCUGGGACUCUUGUUGGCUCACGGCCUCAGGAGCUGUCGUCUGAGCGGGACAAGAUGGACUCUUCUCCUCGUCGAGAUCUUUUUUUGAUCGCAAAUGACGAUGCCGUCUACGAGCAGGACAUCCUCCGAGACCCCAGGAGUAUCAAGCCGUGGUUGUCAUACAUUGAGCACAAAAAGAAGAAUGGAACUCUCUACGAACAGUCUUUUGUUAUGGAGCGAGCUUGCAAGCAAUUGCCCCGAUCAUACAAGCUGUGGAAGAUGUAUCUCGAACUUAGAAUCAACCAUGUCCACGGGCGAAACCCGUCCACUCACCAAGCCGAGUACAACAAGGUCAACGCGCUUUUUGACCGGGCAGUUGUCUUGCUGAACAAGAUGCCGCGCAUUUGGGAGAUGUAUCUCAACUUUUUGCUUGAGCAACCACUUGUCACCCAGACUCGGCGAACGUUUGAUCGUGCUCUUCGUGCGCUUCCUAUUACACAACACAACCGUUUAUGGAAAAUCUACAAGGCGUUCGCUAUCUCAGCAUCUGGUGAUACCGCAGUUAAAGUUUGGGACCGAUACAUGCAAAUUCACCCUGAAGAUGCCGAAGAUUACAUUUCUAUUCUAGUUCAGAUGAACCAAUACAACGAGGCUAUAAAAUGGUACAUUCGGAUUCUAGAUGAUCCCCGGUUUCAGUCAAAGAAAGGCUUAAGCCACUUCCAGCUCUGGACUGAAAUGGUUGAGUUGCUUGUCAACAAGGCGAAAGAAAUCGAAACAGGGCCUCAUCUAGGCAUUAAUGUCGACUUGAUCAUUCGAAGUGGUGUUGAGAAAUUCCCUGACCAACGUGGUAGACUAUGGGCUGGAUUAGCUACAUACUGGAUAACGAAAGGAAAUUUUGAAAAGGCCCGCGAUAUUUUCGAAGAGGGAAUAACCACGGUUAUGACCAUUCGAGAUUUCACCAUGAUUUUUGAUUCCUACGUCGAAUUUGAGGAGUCAAUCAUUGGUGCACUCAUGGAGAAAGCUGCUGCAAGAUCGGAGAACAGCAAAUUAGACGAAGCUGCUGAUUUCGAUCUGGACCUGCGCAUGAUGAGAUUUGAACAGCUCAUGGAUCGCCGACCAUUUCUAGUCAAUGAUGUGCUUCUAAGACAAAAUCCUAACAAUGUAAUCGAAUGGGAAAAGCGAGUGAUGCUGUGGGGUGACAACAAAACAGAGGUUGUGCGUACCUAUACUGAUGCCAUCGCUACUAUUAACCCGAAAAAAGCACACGGCAAAUUUUAUGAGCUUUGGGUUAAUUAUGCCAAAUUCUAUGAGAAAGGUGGAGACCUUGAUACAGCCAGGGUAAUCAUGGAUAAGGCAGUCAAAGUGCCUUUCAAAACGGUCGCGGAGCUUGCUGAGACUUGGUGUGAAUGGGCGGAAAUGGAGCUGAGGAAUGAGAACUUUGACCGCGCUGUUGAGAUCAUGGCAAAGGCAACGCAGGCACCAAAGCGAUCUACCGUUGAUUACUUCGACGAAACACUGUCUCCGCAACAGCGCAUUCACAAAAGUUGGAAACUAUGGAGUUUCUAUGUUGACUUGGUUGAGAGUGUACGAAGUCUCGAGGAAACCACACAAGUUUACGAACGGAUUUUCGAGUUACGUAUUGCUACUCCUCAAACAGUCGUUAACUACGCGAACCUUUUGGAAGAACACAAAUAUUUUGAAGACUCCUUCAAGAUAUAUGAACGGGGUCUCGACCUUUUCAACUAUCCUGUUGCAUUUGAGCUUUGGAAUCUGUACCUGACGAAGGCCGUGGACCGCAAGAUCGGCAUCGAGCGACUGCGGGAUUUGUUUGAGCAGGCUGUGGAUGGAUGCCCGCCUAAAUUUGCGAAAGUUCUGUACCUCAUGUAUGGGAACCUUGAGGAGGAAAGAGGACUAGCACGCCAUGCAAUGAGAAUAUACGAGCGUGCUACCCGCGCUGUAUCUGAUGAGGAUCGGUCUGAAAUGUUCAACUUUUACAUCACCAAAUCUGCUUCCAACUUUGGGCUUACGUCGACUCGGCCCAUCUACGAGCGAGCAAUUGCAGCCUUGCCUGACAAAGAGGCAAAGGACAUGUGUCUCAAGUUUGCGGAGAUGGAACGCAGGCUAGGCGAGAUUGACCGCGCGAGAGCCAUCUACGGACAUGCUUCUCAGUUCUGUGACCCCCGGACUAACUCAGAAUUCUGGCAAAAAUGGGAAGCAUUUGAGGUUCAACAUGGUAACGAAGAUACUUUCAAGGAGAUGCUUCGUAUCAAACGCAGCGUCCAAGCACAGUACAAUACCGAUGUCAACUUUAUUGCCUCGCAGGCAAUUGCUCGCAGCAAGCAAAUCACAAAGGACACUGUGAACGAAGCCGCCAACCAGGGAGAAGGGACAGCCGAUGCUAUGGCAGCCUUAGAACGUCAAGCACAAGCACCAAUUGGCUUCGUUGCGGCCAGUACAGGCCCAGAAGGCGGUAAUCGGGCGGUGGCACCUGCCGCCCCUGCUGCCAACCCCGACGCUAUUGACCUGGACGACGAGAUCUGA